AUGGAUAAAAACAACAGUCUUAUCAGGGAAGCACAGAAAAAGCUUGAGUUGAGUGGAAAAAAUUUUGUUGACGUACUAUUGAUGAACGAAGGUGAUAGUAUAAACACCAUCAGAAUCGUGGCUCCUGGCAAAAGCUCUGGAACCAGUGGCAUAUCCCCAUCCAAGUACUCCUCUGGCUAUACCUAUUACAAGAUAAAAUCUGACAUCAUUACUCUGGAGGAUAAAACAGAGACCUAUACCAACGGCGACACUUACGAAGGAGAAAUUAAGGCCAGUACUGGGAAAAAACACGGGACAGGAACAUAUAAAUGGAAGGAUGGAAGAAUGUAUGUUGGAGACUGGGUUGAUGGGGUAAAAGAAGGAAAAGGAAACCAUUAUUGGCCCCAUGGGGAUCAGUAUGAAGGGGAGUGGAAGAAUGACAAAAGACAUGGACAGGGAGUAUUAUCCUGGAGAGACGGAGAAACUCGCACUGGGAGGUGGCUUGACGGCCGACAGAAUGGGCAUGGAGUGAACACGUAUCCAAAUGGUGACAGAUAUGAGGGAAAUUUUGAAAAUGGCAAGAAGAAUGGAUACGGGGUAAUGCACUAUAAGAAUGGCGGAAAGUGGGAAGGACAGUGGAAGGAUGGUGAGAAGGAUGACAAGGAGGAAAACUUUUGUAUCAUCUUUUAA